AAAGGUAAGAAGAAAUAAGCGACAGGACAUAUAAUCACGUACAAACGCGAUACGAAUUACCUGAGAACGUACUCUUUGGAUCAUAGCUAGAGGAUCUUACUCUCGUGAGUUCUCAUACCCCAGUUUUCUGACAGCGAUCGUACUAUACGGAUACCGGUCGGCGUUUCUCCGCGUUGUAAAACGCACGAAUAUUCAACGGGACUGAGUAAGAGUAUUAUCAGAUCGUACGAAAAGAUUCACACACAAAAAGUUAAUAAUAAACAAAAAAUAUAAUUCAUUUUUGGUGUCAUUUAAAUCUCCAAGCGAAUGUUGAAUUUCAAAAAACAAAUGUUUUCGAUGAACAAAAUUCGAAGAUUUAUUUAAAAAGAAAAUGUUCGAGUCGUUAAACCAAAGUGAUUUAAAAGAUCUAUGCGCGUAGAUUAACAAUAUUUUAAUAACAAAUUAACUACGAUCGACGGAAUAGUUCGUUUAUUCGAGAUAAAGUCGAUUUAUUGCGAUAGGAAAGGUCUUAUUGCUGAUAACGAUAAGCACAAUAUGAAAUGUUUGGUACCGACUGUUGACCAGUUAAUAGCACGCUUUUCUAAACAUACCGUUACUAAUUAUAGUCAGGGUGAACAAUUCAACUUCCUGUACUUUGGUUCGCUUCGUUGUACCGCUUAAAAAAUCACCUGUUUCCUCUUCAUUCGACUCAUUCCACGGAGAACUUUCACCGUAAUCCUUGUUAAAUAUGUCGAAUGUCGUUGUGGUUUAUCCGGAUCUAUCAAAUAUGUCCGCGCAGGAUGACAGAAGUUACCGUUUCGAUGAUUCGCCUGAAGAUAUCUUCAGGAACGUACCAAAGGACACCAGUACUUUUCGGGUUUGGAAAAUUGAGCAAGGUUUACGUACAACACCUGUUUCAACAAAUAAAAUAGGAAUUUUCUUAACGGAAUCGGCUUAUAUUAUUUAUGCGAUAUCUUCCAAAGAUGGUCCCCUGCCGUAUCCUGGAAUGCCGAUGAAAGAAUUAAAAGGAGUACCUUCGAUACGUGCCAUCCAUUUCUGGAUUGGAUCCAACUGCAAUGCUACGGUUUCCGGUGUUGCAGCCUUACGUGCAAACGAAUUAGAUGCUCAGGUUUCAGCGACGAUUCUAUCAAGAGAAGCUCAAGAACGCGAGAGUCCUAGAUUUCUUUCCUAUUUUCGUCAAAGGAUUGUCAUUGAGUAUUUUCGUUUCGAAACACCGCCCUGUACGAUGCACAGAGUUUCAGGAAUCACUAUUCCGAUGUUGAUCGAACUCGAUAAGGUUCGUUGGGAAAACUUUACGUCCAAGGAUGUCAUCCUAAUUGAUAUUUAUUCAAGAGACACAGUAUUCUUGUGGCUUGGAUCAUCCGCCGAUCCUUUACACAAGAGACACGCGGCAGUGAUUUUAGAAAAAAGGAAAGAGAAUAACAACAAUCUUCGAGUGAUUAUCGUCGAGGAUGGCUACGAACAAACCCUUCCAAAAGGAGACAGCGAACUUUUCGCUACUGUGCUAGAUCCUUCAAAUAGAAUAGUGGCAUCAGAUCGUCCUCAUCGAAUUAGCAUACCUGCUCCUGUUAAACUCUAUAAAUGUUGCGAACAAUCUGGAAAAUAUAAGGUCUUAGAAUUAAAAUCUGGCCCGAUUUUACGUAGCGAUCUCACUUCUGGAUCCGUGUAUUUGAUAGAUCGUGGAGAGACAGGUGUUUGGGCCUGGGUUGGACGAGAAGUUGGCACUAAAGAAACACUAGAAGCUAUCCGAAAUGCUCGUGGUUUCGUAAAAAAGAAAAAUUAUAGCGCGACGAUACCAGUUGCUAGAGCUAUCCAAGGCCACGAGCCAAUGGAAAUGAAAGCUUUGUUGAGGGGAUGGGAACCUUCGAAGAUGAGACCGUUAACAUUGCCACCUACUUUUGAACCUGAUUACAUGAACGAAAGACCUAGGAUGGCAGCUGAAUGUCAAUUGAUAGAUGAUGGUUCUGGUGAGAAAACUCUAUGGAAAGUAAAUCAAAAGGAAGGUAUGAUCGAAGUCGUUGACAAAGGAAUUUACUAUGCCGAGGCUUGUUACGUUAUGAGAUACAAAUAUGGACAGGGUCGUAGAUGCAGAACGAUAGUAUACUGUUGGGAAGGUGUUCAUACUAUAAAAUUGGACAGAGAAGCUGCUUUGGAUGCAGCUUGUCGUAUAGCUGAAGAAGAAUCUGGUCAACUGAUAAAAGCUUCUCAGGGUAGGGAGCCAUCACAUAUGUUACAAAUAUAUAAUGGCACAUUGAAGAUACUUGCAGGACGUCAUCGUGAUUUUCCACCAGAAAAAUAUCUUGUAAGAGUAUUUGGAUCAACACCGUACACUUCGAAAGCCGUUGAAAGACCCGCGAGAUCCAGUAGUUUAGAUUCCAGUGGAGUCUUUAUAUUAUUCUCGUCAAGCCCAGUUGUCUGGUGUGGUAUUAGAAGCACUGGUGAUGCCAGACAAGCUUCUCGACGUCUUGCACCGAAAAAUGCACCACUCGUUUUAGAGGGUAAAGAAGGCAACGACUUCUGGGCAGAGCUAGGAGGUCGUGGAAUGUACAGCACAGAGGUUGCUGAAAGCGAAGAGGAACUGGAAAAACAUCUCUUUCGAUGUCAAACGGAAGGUAAUAUUUUUGUUGGUGCAGAAAUUCUCGGAUUUGGACAAAAUUCACUUAUUCCGGAGGCUACGUGGCUACUGGAUGCUGGAAAUAUGAUUUGGAUCUGGUUAGGGAAACUAUCAACUCCUAAAUGUUUAAAACAGUGCGUAGAAGAUGCAAUGAUAUUCCUAUACAGUCAUCCGGCAGGCAGAGAUCGUAAUACAACUAUUUCCAUAAUCAAGCAAGGAAUGGAGCCACCAACGUUCAUAGGACUUUUCGAAAAUUGGAAUCAUAAUUUACUACGAGAUUACAAAUCUUUUGAAAUGAUAUGCAGUUCUCUACAAGAGAAAGAAUUGUCUAUUAAAAUACAAACAAGUGGAAAAGUUACAACAGAAUUUGAUAACUUUAUUAAAUAUCCAUUGUCAGUAUUGAAAAGUGACGCUGAAAAUUUACCAACUGGUGUCGAUGUUGCACAAAAGGAAAUGCAUCUUACCUUUGACAAUUUUAUUGCGAUAUUUAAAAUGGAGCCUGCUGAAUUUGAGAAACUUCCUGCUUGGAAGAGGCAAAGGUUGAAACAAUCAGCAGGACUCUUCUAACUACGAAAAUUUCAAUUUCCCCCGCAUCGUGAAUAUUUUAUUAAAAAUCCAUUUAAAUAAUUACGUUGAUUUUAAUUU